AUGUCUACAACACAAACCAUAACUACAUCAACAACAACAGAAACAACUCCACAAGAAUUGGUCACCACUAUUCGUUGUUGUUCAGGUUGUUCUUCACAACAAUCUGAUGAACAAAAGCAUUUGCAUGAAAAAUUGAUGAAGAGAGCAAUUGAUUUGUCAAAGGAAUCUUGUAAUGAUCACGGUAAUCAUCCUUUUGGUGCUCUCUUGAUUGAUAAUGAUACUAAUGAAAUUAUUCUUGAAGCUCACAAUACAGUCCACACUGAAAAUGAUCGUACAAGACAUGCUGAAUUGAACUUGUCUAGUAUGGCAUCAAAGAAAUACCCUCGUGACUAUCUCACUAAUUGCACAAUGUACACCUCAACUGAACCUUGCAUUAUGUGUGCAGGUGCCAUUUUCUGGGUUGGAAUUGGAAAGGUUGUUUAUGCUUGUCCUGCAAGUAGACUUCGUGAAAUUGUCAGAAGAAAGCAAGAUGGAAAUAAUUUGAAGAAUAGUGGUAGUUUGACUAUUGCCUGUAGAGAAAUAUUCGAGGAACGUUCCGAAGGUUUGAACAUUCCACUAAUUGGUCCAAUUAUGGAAGAAGAAGCAGCUGCUGUUCAUGAAUCCUAUUGGUAACCAAAAAACAAUUUUGUAAAUUAAUUUUGUAACAAUUCAAAAUAGUUCUAUGAUUUUUAUUUAAAUAAAUUAAACUUUUAUUUAC